GUUUUGCGUUCUUGCAUCUCCUUGUUUGAAAUCAUUACAGGCUCGUGUCGACUGUUUGUAGUAGUUGGUUUUGUCCUACCGUCUUAAUUUGUUGUUGGUGCUCAUCGCCUGUCUUUCUUUGUUUUAUUGGUCUUGUUUGUAUAUGCGCGUAUGUUCAUGAACUGCUGUCUCGUACCAUGAGUCACCCGCAUCACGUGACAGGCGCCGCACGGCAGGACACUGCACCGUCCAUGUCCUACGUUCCUCCGUACCGGGUAGACGCCCACACAUUCAUCAACGAGCAGCUCGCCACGGCCGCAGCGCAGGCGCAAGUACAGUCGUUGGAUCCGACUGCACCUCCGCCGCCGCUUCCACCGCCUCCGCGGUCAUCCUCCACCUCCCAGGCCUCCGCACAACCAGCGCCAACCACCACAAUAUCCACAAACCCGCUUUCCAUUCCCCCUCCUCCGCGUAAAGAUGUGUCUAGCAACGCAGCAGCAACCGCAGCUCCGCCUCCGCCGUGUCUGCCAGCUACAUUUAGCUCCAUUCCGAGCACUCUACCUGUGACUUUUUACGAGCGACCCCCGUCACCGCAUGCACCCUCUCCCGCACCGGCUCCUCCUCAGGUGAAGCCUCCAUUGGCACCGCCAUUGCAACACCCACCGUUCUCUGCCCCACCCACGGUGGCCGCCGUGGCAAUUACAGCGGCACCGCUCCCCCCUCAUCCGUCCUCCUCCAACAGCAACGCAGCCCUCUACUCGGCACGCAUUCCCGAGUUGCGCGUCAUCCUCGCUCGCGGCCGCCUCAGCGGCGUCACGCACGUCGCCGCGGACGCGACAGGGGAGGAGAUCUACCGCGCCUUCUGCCCGGCCGGGGACACCUACCCAAACGAAAACGCAAGCGCCUCGACGGCAGCAGCAGCAGCAGCAGCCACAACAACGACCGCAGCAACGACCUCAGCCGCCACCCCAGUAAUGUCACCGUCUUCACGCGGGGGCUCGCACGCGCCACGGGCGCUGUCGGAAAUGGCGAACGCCCUGACCUCCGACGGGAAGGCCGCCGUGGCACCGAACGGCACGGCGGAUACCUCGCACAGGCGCAGCGGCACGGCGCUAACGUCUGCGAUGCGCGGCCGCCUCCCGCCUGGGUGGGAACGUCGCGUCUUUCACAAUACCACCUUUUACCUCGACCACAUCUCUCGUGAGGCGCACGAGCAGGAGCCGUGGGUGGUGUGGUGGGGGCGUGCGGGCAACGCGGAGGCGAGUGGCCUGUAA